AUGAAAUUCUCAGCUGCCUUGCUCAGCAUACUAGUGGUUCUCACCUCCGCCCUAACCAUCUCCCCAACCUCGACAGGCAACAAUGACCCCGCCAUCGAAUGCGGCGACCUAGGCGUCAUGGUCAUCCCUGCAGCGGAUCUCCCCGAAGGCGUCCUUCCCAGCGACGUCCGCAAGUGCAGAGAGCAUCCACUCGGCCGCAACCGGUACCUUGAGAGUGCAUCACUGGCACCUCUUGACCCCGUGGAUCCACAGGCCUGUUACAGGGAUGCGCCGUACGGGUGCUCGAAGGGAUACUGCUGGAAGGUCUGCGGUAGCAAUGGCGAGUGGUGCUGGACGGCCAAGGGCGGUGGGGCCGGGGCUUGGUAUACCUGCAGUCGGUAUCAGAAUUGUGGCACUGGGACGAUGUAUGCGUGUGGAAGGAAUUGUCCGAGUUGUGGGUGUGGUUGUUGA